GCUCAGCUUUCUGCUAAACCCCACGAUCCCCAGCCUUCUGUAUUCAGUAAAUUCCCAGAAGAAUUCCAAGGGGCUGGAGGGUGGCAGCAUGACAGGCACUCACAGCGUGGAGGGCAGCAAGCUGGAGUUGCCAUUUCUGCUGAAACACACAGACCCUGCCAAAGGUGCAGACAAUCAGGUAACAGCCGAGGAAACAAAGGAAGUGAAGGAGUUAAUACAGAACAGCACGUCCAGCUCUGCCAACAGUAGUACAACUGUGUCAUUAACAACAACAGCAGAAAGUCAAGCUCCAGGACAGAAGCAGCAGCUCCUACCAUCCGCUGAGAUUUGCCCCAAAACCUAUUCUGAUGCAGUCACAAAGAAUCCAGUAACUACUACAGCACUGGAUAAAAAAAAAGUUGAAUACAAUGCAAGUACUUCAGGCUUUUCUACUACUUCACUGACCACAGCGUUACAUCAGCCAGUGCGGCAGAGCCCGAGCUUCCCUCCAUUUUCCAUCUUUACCAACCGCUCAAACUUUUUUCCACAGUUUCAGGGUCCACAUCACCAGAGCGCAAGGAUGCCGUAUCAGCAAGCUCUGCACCCUUUCCUUGGAUGGUAUUCAAGACAGGUAGCUCUAUACAGCCCACAGCACGUUUUCCAGCCACCUUACAGUCCAGUGUUGAACUACAUCCCUCUGGUUCAGCCUGGUUAUCCAUACCAGCAGAUGACCCUACCGCCAACAUCCAGCAACAUCCAGGAGCUACCACCAAUGGCAGGCGAUGGGAUCCAGAAUCCAUUUUCUCUUUCCUGUUUAGUUCUGUACCUGGAGAUCUGUGACAACUAA